UACAGAUACUGAGCUCCUGUUGGAUGUGGGGACUCAGAGUAAGAGGAGGAAACGCAUGUCUGGCAGCUUCCAGACCUUUUAAUCCAGAAGAUCUUCCUGCCUCCUUUUGUGACAGUGGCUCGAAGUUGAGAGAGUGGGAGAGAGAGAAAAGGAGUUUCAUGAAAUAUAGGUCGGUGACAGAACAACAGCACAGACUUUUGGAUUGUGAGCAUUUCUGCACACAUGGAUCUGUACAGAUGCGUCUUUGUUGCAUGGCUCUUAACUCUGCUGCCAGUUCCUUGUGACUCAUUCAACAUUGACACAAAAUGGCCAAAAAUCAUCAGGGGCUCUGCAGAAGCACAGUUUGGAUACACUGUUCAACAGCAUGAAGCCAGUGGGCAGAAAUGGCUUCUAGUUGGUGCACCAUGGGCUGGGGUUGGAAAGCAAAAGACUGGCGAUGUGUACCGGUGUCCGGUGAAAAACCAGACCAGCUACGGAUGUGGAAAACUGAACCUAGGAAGGGUAUCCCUCCCUUAUGUAUCAGAGCACAAGGAUAAUAUGAGGCUUGGGAUGACUUUAACCAGCAAUCCCCAGGAUCACUCUUUUGUGACAUGCGGACCGCUCUGGUCUCACGAGUGCGGAAGCUCCUACUACAGCACUGGCAUCUGCUGCAAGAUCAGCUCCAACUUCAAAAGUGCCCGAGCCUUUGCACCCGCCAUCCAGCGCUGUGAGACGUACAUGGAUAUUGUGAUUGUUUUGGAUGGUUCCAAUAGCAUUUACCCUUGGUAUGAGGUCCAGAACUUCCUAAUAAACAUUCUGAAGAAAUUUUACAUUGGACCAGGCCAGAUACGGCUGGGAAUUGUGCAAUACGGGGAGACUGCCGUUCACGAGUUUGAGCUGAGGGACUACAAGUCUGUUACUGAUGUCGUCAAAGCCGCAAGGAGCAUAGAGCAGCGAGGAGGAACAGAGACCAACACGGCGCACGGCAUUGAGAUCGCACGCUCUGAGGCAUUCAGCGUCAGGAGGGGUGCAAGACAAGAGGCCAAGAAAGUGAUGAUUGUCAUAACCGACGGUGAAUCCCAUGACAGCCCCCACCUGAAGCAAGUGAUCGAGGACGCCGAGAAAGAUAAUAUCACCAGAUACGCCAUUGCGGUUCUUGGUUACUACAACCGAAGAGGAAUCAAUCCAAAUGACUUCUUAAAGGAGAUCAAAUCUAUAGCAAGUCACCCGGAUGAGAAACAUUUCUUCAAUGUGUCCGAUGAGUCGGCCCUGAAGGAUAUUGUGGAUGCACUCGGAGCUCGAAUCUUCAGACUUGAAGGAACUAAUAUUCAGAAUGAAACAUCUUAUCAAUUGGAAAUGUCACAAGCCGGAUUUUCAACACAUUUCGUCGAGGAUGGGAUACUUCUUGGAGCUGUAGGGGCCUAUGACUGGACAGGUGCCAUCUUAAAGCAAACCAGUUAUGGGAGAGUAAUCCCUCCCAAGGAAGCCUACAAGAAGGAAUUUCCAGAGGAACUGAAGAACCAUGGGGCCUAUCUUGGUUACACCAUUACUUCGGUGAUGCCGAGGUCAGGAAGGAGGUGGUACGUGUCAGGUGCUCCCAGGUUCAAUCACACAGGAAAGGUCAUUAUAUUCACCAUGAGGAAUAAUGGAAAUAUCACAAUUCAACAGUCGCUGAAGGGCCAGCAGAUUGGAUCCUACUUUGGAAGUGAGAUAGCUCCCGUGGAUGUGGAUGCUGAUGGAGUAACGGACAUUUUAUUGGUUGGUGCCCCCAUGUAUUUCAGUGAUGGCAGAGAGAAGGGUAAAAUCUACAUCUAUUCCCUCCACAAGAGAGUUUUCAUUUUCAAUAGUUUUCUGGAAAUUUCCGACACCUCCCAAAAUUCUCGCUUUGGCUCUGCCAUCGCUGCCGUUCGUGACCUCAACCAUGACUCGUUCAACGAUGUGGUGGUGGGAGCCCCACUGGAAGAUGAUCAUCGUGGAGCAAUUUACAUAUUUCACGGACACGACAAAAAUAUCCUGAAGGGCCACAAACAGAGAAUCAGUGCCUCGGAAGUCAGCCCUGGCCUGCUCUACUUUGGCCGCAGUAUCCACGGACAGCUGGACAUGAAUGACGACGGGCUGGUGGAUCUGGCAGUCGGAGCGCUGGGCAGCGCUGUCCAGUUAUGGUCUCGCAGCAUAAUCCAAGUCAAUGCCAGCAUGAGAUUCGAACCACCAAAGAUCAACAUUUUCAACAAAGACUGCAGGAGAAAUGACAAGGAGUGCAGCUGCAUGACUGUGUUCAUCUGUUUUACAGUCACAGCCAAAACCCCUGGGCUUCAGAACGACACCUUGGCCAUAAGGUACAGUGUUUCUAUCGACGAGCGAAGAUUCACUCCUAGAGCACUCUUUGAUGACAACUUUGAAAAGUACGUCCACGGUAAUAUCAGCGCGGAACCGGAGUUGGAAACAUGCGACCAGUUCAAUUUCCACGUUCUAGACACAAUGGAUUAUGUGAGACCCAUCGGAUUCAUAUUGGACUUCGGCCUCUUGGAUCCCGAAUAUGGCCCAGUUCUGGAUGAUGGAUGGCCAAUGUCAGCCAAAGGCACGCUUGGCUUCUGGAGCGACUGUGGUGAGGAUGAACACUGCGUGCCUGACCUGGCCCUACGCGCUCGCACAGACGUUUAUGGUUCCAGCCAGUUUCCCUACACUGUUCAAGACACGCGGAGGAGGCUUGUAAUGGACGCCUGGCUGGAGAAUAAACGGGAGAACGCCUACAGCACCAUCCUGAACAUCACCUUCUCCAGGAACCUGCAGUUUGCAACCCUCACACAGAAGGACGAUACCGAAAUGAAAAUUGACUGCAACAUUUUGGAAAAAUGGCACAACAGCAAAGUGUGCACAGUCGCUUACCCAGUGUUCAGGUCCCAGUCCAAGGUGGCUUUCCGUCUGGAGUUCGAGUUCAGCCGUUCCGUCUUCCUGGACAAUGUGGAACUAACCCUGACUGCCAGCAGUGACAGUGAAGAAGCAGAAGAAACUCUUCAUGACAACACCUACCAUCUCCACGUUCCAGUCCGAUAUGAAGCAGAUCUCCUCCUCACUAGGGACUCCAGUCCUGAUCGCUACGACUUGAAAUCAGUGGAAGAACUGGAGGAAAAUGGAGAUUUUGAUCCUCCAUUUAACUUCACCUUCACGUUGCAGAAUCUGGGCCGAUUCACCGUUGGCCACUUGGUGAUCAGGGUGACCAUUCCCACGAUGACCAAAGGUAACAACCGCCUCCUGAUCCUGACCAACAACUCCACCGUUCCGAGAGAUGGGAUCGAGUGCAUCUUGACCAAUCAUUCAGAGCACCAUCCUGGAGGACAAGUCUUCGCAGAGGACCUCCGGCACUUUGAAAAGCUGGAUGCUGGCAAUGCCAAGUGCACUCUCCUCAUGUGUGAAGUAAAGAAUUUUAAAACCAAUGAAGAGUACACCAUUCAAGUUUCGGGAAUACUCUUGACUGAUUCACUAAUGGGACUCAGGUUUGGGUCACUGUUUCUUGUAACCACAGCAACACUGGACAUUCAGGACCCCAAGGCCAUGUUUGUUAAAGAGGAGGGGAGGAGCCGACAUAUAACCCUUCACAUGACCAAACAGUGGGAGUCUGAGGUACCACUUUGGAUUAUAAUUGGAAGCUCAUUAGGAGGGUUGCUCUUGCUAGCAUUGCUCACCCUUGCUCUAUGGAAGCUGGGCUUUUUCCGAAGUGCUUAUCGCAGGAGGAAGGAAUCCCUGUUAGCCCCGAAUGGCCACGUCGGGCAGCUAAAGAAAACAAAUCUCUGAAGCCAUGACUGGUGAAGCAAAUGGUAAAGAGAAGAUGUGAAUUGACUCAUCAAUACUGCGCUCAACGAGAAGGGCACGAGUAGAUAAUUGCUAUAUGCCCAGGAUCAGCACAACACCAGAUGCACCUUCCUGUACUAUUGUUUCCUGUUGACACCUCACACUUUAAUUGGUUUUCUAAGGUGCAAUACACUGUAUUCCCCAGAGCACACACCCUGUAGGGAAAUAUGUUUUAACAGGGGUGUGAUGCAGUUUACAUUUGCUUGUUUGGAAAGUUGAACUUUGAUUGGCUGUGCUAAAUACAAGAAGCUUCGCACGGUCACUGUGGAAGUAAAUGGCAUUGGCCAAGCCAUUGCCUUUUUAUAAGUUGUGCAUGCCCGCUUAAGGGGCAAAUCAGAGCCAGUGCAGAUGGCACCUUUCUAAAACAAUGGAAACCCGAAGAUUUGCAGGAUGCAAUCUUUUUUUCUACAGAAUACUGGCAAUCUGCCAUCUUUGCUUGGGGGCCUCCAUGGAAUUUUGUUUAACGUAACGAGCAACAAUUUUAAAGAAUUUACAGACUGUAAAUGUUUAGUUGAUUUGGCAUCCUUCAUUCUCUUGCUGUGUUUCAGGUGUGAGGAAGCCACGGCCCAGCUAAGUUAUGUAUUUGUCUCUGGAAGUUCUACUGCUCCACACUAGACAAGCUUAAACUGAGGGGCAGGUGCAGAUCUAUUGUCUCAACUUCCAUCUCCAAAACCCUCCACACUAAGAGGCAGUGAUGCAGACUGAUCUGCUAAAAUGAGUACCAGGCAGUUGAGUGAGGCUCCAUGGAUGGGGUCUGUUGGUAAAUCUGUCAUCUGAUACACACCUUUACCACUCAAACUACUGGUCAGUGGUCGAUACUGAGCUGUUGAUGGCACUCUGCAACUGUUCCCCACUAAGGGUCACUGUGGAAGGUUGUCCCCUUGGGUAACGUCUCUUUAGGGAAGGGGAGAAAGAACUAUUCCUGAAUAAG